AUAACACCUGAAUAAUAUUUUCCUAUAAAAAAAUAAUGUGUUCAUAUGAGUAUGACGCAACAUUUUUGAAAUGAUUUAUAAACUAUGUUCAGCUUAUUUUUAUAAACUCUAUUGAAAAAUUUAUCAAAAUAGCUUAUAGCUUAUCGAUUAUUAAAAAAAAAAAAAAAACAAAGUUAAGGAGAAGAACAGUGGAAAUGGCAGGACGCAAACAUCACCACCAUCAUCAUCUCACUCGCCGCGACGAACCACGUCUCUCUCAUUCCUCCUCCUCUUCAACCUCCGCCCUCGAAGACCGCAUUGACGCCCGCCACCGCGAAAUCCAAUCCCUCCUCCUCGACAACCAACGUCUCGCCGCCACUCACCUCGCCCUUAAACAAGACCUAUCCGCCACACAGCAAGAGCUCCGUCAACUCUCCGCCGCCGCCGCCGAUGUCAAGGCCGAACGUGACGCCGAAGUACGUCGGAUCUACGAGAAAUCGCUUAAGAUGGAUGCCGAGGUCCGCGCCGUUGCCGCCAUGAAGUCUGACCUCGAUCAGGUGCGGGCUGAUGUACGUGAGCUUGCUGCCGCACGGAAAGAGCUUGCAUCGCAUUUGCAGUCCAUUCAGAGUGAUCUAGCUAUGGCGCGCAAUGAUUCGAAACCCUUGCAGGCUAUUAAAUCUGAUAUUGAAGCUUUGCGCCAUGAGAUUCAAUGUGGAAGGAGUGCUAUUGAAUUUGAAAAACAGACACAUGCGAAUAACCUUGAGCACAAACGGGUAAUAGACAACAAUAUGAUCAUUAUGACCCAUGAGGUUGAAAAAUUACGCGCUGAGCUAGCUAAUGCAGAAAAGAGGGCCAGGGCUCCUAUGGUUGCUACUGCUGCAAACCCAAGUCCUGGAUAUCAUGCAAACAAUCCUGAUAUGGGGUUUGGUGGAAUCACAUACCCUCCUGAUUCUUAUAGCAUGCAUCAGAUCCAAGCUGGGGUUGAAGUUCAUCCACAAUAUGCAUAUGGUGCAACAUUACAUCACCCCUAUGACCUUCAACAACCACAAGGGCCAAGAUAGGCUUUCAUCUAUGCUUUAUUUUAUGUAAGUGAGAGGAAGAGAAUGUGACAUUGUAACAUAUCGUGAACAUUCCCUCACCCCGAAAUCAUCUAUUCAUUAACUUCUUAAUGCUUAUUACUUUGCUGAUAGUUGAAAAUGGUAUAGAUCCAUAUGUAUGUAUAUAUAUUCUUAAUUUUGCAUGAGCAACCAUAAUCUUUUGGUUGCUGUGAAGUAGAAAUGCUAGAGCUAACAACAUUGUUAUUGUUCUUCUAA